ACGCAAUCCUAAUAAAAUAACCUCGCUGAAUUGAUAUUCUACCGAACUGGCCGCAAGGUGCAGUAGUUUCGUUGCGGCUUUACUCGACAACAAAAAAAACGAUGCAUUCGAAAAAUGAAUAUCGUAGAUCUAUAGACGAAUAUAAACCGGCAGCUCCUUUGAAAAGAAAAAUAGGCCUUUAUUGGGUGUUAGUCGCUCUGCGGAUCAUUUUAACAUUAAUUCCUCAAACAGGAUAUAUUCACCCGGACGAAUACUUUCAAUCUAUCGAAGUUGUGUCUGAUAAUUAUUUUGACAUCGAUGUUAACAAACCGUGGGAAUUCAAUUCUACAUUUCCCAUAAGAACUCCUUUAAUACCCCAAAUAGUUGUUGGUGUACCAUACUCGAUUUUAACAACGCUGUCACAAUAUACAGUUUUCUAUUUGGGUAUAUCAUUAAAAACACCGUAUUUUCUUGUGCUAUUUCCACGUUUGUUAAUAUGUGGUUUGUCUUUUGUGUCGGAUUAUUGUUUGUACAAAAUCUGCUACAUGUAUGGGCAAAAUUACAAGAUAAGACUGAUCAUUUAUGCUAGUUCCUAUGUUAUGCUUGUUUAUGGAACUCGCACAUUAUCAAAUACGAUUGAAUUGGUGCUAACAGCGUUAUUAUUGUACUAUACAUCAUAUUGUAUGGCUUACUCGGAGAAGGUAGUUGUUCAAAGUGACUAUCUGUCAGAUAAAUAUUACAAAGCAAAGACUGGAGUAGAGAGAGUAAAAUAUUAUAAACUUAAAGCUUCAUUGCCCUCGCAUUCUUUAACUCAUUGUCUAAAGAUUGCAACAAUUACUGUAGUUGGCAUAUUUAAUAGGCCAACAUUUAUUGCAUUUGCAUUUGUCCCUAUCUUUUUUUGGUUGCAAAGAGGUCUAGGUUCUAAGAGCGUAGGUUUCAUAGACUUUCACGUUCGAAUAUUUACCUUUAUUGCCUGUGGCAUACCCACCGUUGCCUUUUUCAUUCUAGUCGACAGCUUUUAUUUCGGUUAUUUAACAAUGGCAGAGAUAGGUAAUCGUGCAAUUAACAUAAAUAAUUUUGUGGUAACUCCGUUAAAUUUUCUUAGAUACAAUGCAAACACAAAAAAUCUACAGCAUCAUGGUUUGCAUCCUCAUUAUUUACAUUUUAUAAUCAAUAUACCCCUUUUAUACAAUGUUCUUGGUAUCAUUGGUCUUGUUACGUUUGGAAAAAUGUUGUAUAGUGGUGUAAAAGCGAAGUGGUUAAAUCUGCCAAGGAUACAGAGUGUUGUUGGUUUAAUGACAAUGUCUUUUGUUAUACCUAUUAUACUCUUAUCGAUAUUCCCACAUCAAGAACCUCGAUUUAUUAUUCCAACACUGUUACCUCUAGUCUUUUUAUAUGCGCCAAAUGUAAGUCAAAUAUCAGGAGUUGAUACUGUCGCACGUAUCACCAAAGAUAACGGAUGCCGAGAUGCUUUUACAUUAAGAAAUAAGUUGAACAAAAUGCAGACCUUCUGGUUUAUUUGUAACAUCGCAUUAACACUUUUUUAUGGAUUUGCUCAUCAAGGCGGAGUUUUACCUCUGUCAUCUCACAUAGCUACUGAAUUAAAAGCGAAACCAGACCUUACACAUAUACACUUGUUCACGUCGCAUACUUAUCCCAUACCAACGGCACUUUUGCACUUGAGAAAUACGAGAAAGACGUAUUUUAGUAGCGGAAAACAUCAUAAAUAUAAAUUAGUCAAAGAUUUUUAUCUCUACGAGCAAGGUUCAAAAUCUGUGAGAGAUGUAUGUAACGCUAUUGUUUUAAAACUUCAUGAAUGCGAACGUAAUUAUGCUACCAAACACGUACCCUACAGAUUGUAUUAUGCUCUUCCUGCAGUAGACUUGGAAGAUUUUAUUUCUUUGAAAAAUAGUACAAAUUUAUUUAAUUAUCGCGUUGUAAAUAGAUUUUAUCCACACGUUACAGUUGAAAGACUACCAUUCUCUAAGAUUAGUAACAACGUUGUGCAUUUAAUAUAUUUAAAUACAUCUUUAGUAGAAAGGCUUACUGAGAUUGUAAAUAAUAUAUUUGAAGCUUUCCAACAAUUUCAAAUGUUAUUAAUACGAAUUGAGUAUGUAGCAAGUACCAAGUAUGAAUACACGCGUAAAAUGCGAAAAGAAACUACGUAUACCUUAUAAUUAAUAAUAACUUAAACGUUCAAUUAUCCUAAUAUAUUUAUUUAUUUUUGAUUUCAUAAUACAAGAGUUAUUUCUUAAAUUAAAUUAUAAUAAAAAGUAUAAGAUACUAUUUUCUUUGACAUAAAAAAAUGUUACGUCUUAAUGAUUAAGCAGUUUUACUUGGUUUUUGAGAUCACCGUCGAUCAAUCAUAUAUGUAUGGGUUGUACAUUUAAAUUCUGUUCUACCAAUGAUCCAAAUUGAACAUACGUACGUAGAUAAAAGUGAUUUCAAAUAAAUAAUUUUGUAGACGCACGUUAUAAAUAUCUCGAUCUACAUUGUCAAUUUUAGUAAAGCGACUUAUUUUGAAUUUGUUAUGUACUGGUUGGUUAUUUAUAGAAUAUUAUCUACAUACAUGUAUAUAGAAAAAUAUAAUAUAAAAUUAUUAAUAAUCACUA